AUGGGGCAGGUGGGCGCAGGCACAGGCGGGCGCUGCAUUUCCAAAGUUGAGUGCGGGGUGCCGGCCCUUGUCCCGCCGCCCUGCCCGCCUGCCCGGUGGCGUGAGGGGCGCGCAGGCCGUGAGGAGCCGCGUUGGCAGGCAGAAGGGGGUCCCGGGGCGCCCGCUCACGCCCGACCGUGCCGGCAGGAGGACGACUCCGGGGAGGGCGAGGACGACGCGGAGGUGCAGCAGGAGUGCCUGCGCAGGUUCUCCACCCGCGACUACAUCAUGGAGCCGUCCAUCUUCAACACGCUGAAGCGGUACUUCCAGGCCGGAGGGUCCCCGGAGAACGUCAUCCAGCUGCUGUCGGAGAACUACACGGCCGUGGCCCAGACCGUCAACCUGCUGGCCGAGUGGCUCAUCCAGACAGGUGUGGAGCCUGUGCAGGUCCAGGAAACUGUGGAGAAUCACUUGAAGAGUUUGUUGAUCAAGCACUUUGACCCCCGCAAAGCAGACUCUAUUUUCACUGAAGAAGGAGAGACCCCGGCCUGGCUGGAGCAGAUGAUCGCGCACACCACGUGGAGAGACCUUUUCUACAAGCUGGCCGAAGCGCAUCCAGACUGUUUGAUGCUUAACUUCACCGUCAAGCUCAUUUCGGACGCGGGGUACCAGGGGGAGAUCACCAGCGUGCCCACAGCCUGCCAGCAGCUGGAGGUGUUCUCCAGGGUGCUGCGGACCUCUCUGGCUACCAUCUUAGACGGAGGAGAAGAAAACCUCGAAAAAAACCUGCCCGAGUUCGCCAAGAUGGUGUGCCACGGGGAGCACACGUACCUGUUCGCGCAGGCCAUGAUGUCGGUGCUGGCCCAGGAGCAGCAGGGCGGCUCCGCCGUGCGCCGCAUCGCCCAGGAGGUCCAGCGCUUCGCCCAGGAGAAAGGCCACGACGCCAGUCAGAUCACCCUGGCGCUGGGCACAGCCGCUUCCUACCCCAGGGCCUGCCAGGCCCUCGGCGCCAUGCUGUCCAGGGGAGCCCUGAACCCCGCCGACAUCACCGUCCUGUUCAAGAUGUUCACGAGCAUGGACCCGCCUCCUGUCGAGCUGAUCCGCGUGCCGGCCUUCCUGGACCUGUUCAUGCAGUCGCUGUUCAAGCCGGGGGCCAGGAUCAACCAGGACCACAAGCACAAGUACAUCCACAUCCUGGCCUACGCGGCCAGCGUGGUGGAGGCCUGGAAGAAGGUGCGCGGGCCGCCGGGCGGCCACUGGCUGUGGGAGGUGGUGGCCCGGCCGGUAGACACUGCGGACCGGGCGGGCGGAGACGGUGCUUCCCCGGCAGUUCCCGCGUGAGCCUCGCCUCGCCUGGGCCCCCGGCUCGUCCCCUGUAGGUUUCCGGUGGUGGCCAUGGGCGUGCUGAAGUGGGUGGACUGGACGGUGUCCGAGCCCAGGUACUUCCAGCUACAGACUGACCACACCCCGGUGCACCUGGCCCUUCUGGACGAGAUCAGCACCUGCCACCAGCUCUUGCACCCCCAAGUCCUGCAGCUGCUCGUGAAGCUGUUCGAGACCGAGCACUCUCAGCUGGACGUGAUGGAGCAGCUGGAGCUGAAGAAGACCCUGCUGGACAGGAUGGUCCACCUGCUGAGUCGCGGGCACGUGCUGCCCGUGGUCAGCUACAUCCGGAAGUGUCUGGAGAAGCUGGACACUGACAUUUCCCUCAUCCGCUACUUCGUGACCGAGGUCCUGGACGUCAUCGCCCCGCCCUACACCUCUGACUUCGUGCAGCUCUUCCUGCCCAUCCUGGAGAACGGCAGCAUCGCGGGCACCAUCAAGGCGGAGGGCGAGCACGACCCGGUGGCGGAGUUCAUAGCUCACUGCAAAUCCAACUUCAUCCUGGUGAGCUGACUUGGCGC